CCGCCAUCGCCAUGGCCAGCUGGACCGUCGUCGCCGUCCUCGCCGCCCUGGCCGCCCUGGCCGCCCUGGCCGAGGGCGCCUCCGUCACCAAGACCAAGUGCCCCGUGGUGCCCGGCAAGUCGCCCUUCGACUUCAACAAGUUCCGCGGCGACUGGCUGGUGGUGGCGGGCUCCCCCGACUCGGUGGCGUCGUCGGGCAAGUGCGGCAAAUACAGUGUGUCGGCCGGCCCCGGCUCGGACGCCUUCAGCAUGCGCUUCUCGGGGUCCGGGCCCAGCGUGGACGUGUUCACGCAGGCCGUGGCCGGCGACAAGCUGGCGCUGGGCCACGCCAUCUACCGCAAGCAGGGCAACACCGAGUACGACGGCGUGUUCAAGCAGAGCAUCGUGGCCACGGACUACGACAACUACGCCGUGGUGGUGGCGUGCCGCCAGGUGUACGUGGCCAGCACCAAGAGCUUCGGCCGCCACCUCAUCGCCGAGAUCUGGUCCCGCAACAAGGUGACCCUGACGCCCGAGGCGCUGGGCGUGCUCAAGAACGUCAUCUCCAGCUACGACAUCGACGCCAGCGACAUCAAGAACAUGGACCGGGCCAAGUGCUAGGCGAGUUGCCUGAGCCGUGCCCUGCAGAGCAUGCCACACCAACCAAGGGGACAUCACUGUGAAUUUCGGUGUACAAAUCCAACAAAUUUAAGUCGCAUUUCGACGAAUUUCAGUCGAAUUUGAAUUUCAGUUGAGUUUUGAUUAAUUUUAAUGAAUUUCAAUUAAUUUUAUACAUGUUGGUGUACAAAUUUGGCUGGAGUUAUUUCCCCUUGGCACCAACACCGCCUGGUGCGGAGUAUCUGCACACCAUCGCGUGUAGAGUUCGCAGUCUCCACACUUCGCGGAGCGCGGAGCAGCUCACAGAGCCCCUGUCCCUUCCCUUGGCAUGGUGCAAACGUGGAGAACUCCACACUUGAAGUGUGAAGACUGUUCUUCCAAGUGCGCGGAGACUGCAAGGUCCACACCUCCGCACUUCAAGCGCAGAGUUCUCCACACUUGGUUUCGCAGUGUUCUGCGCGAGCAAGUGGCGUGUGCCUUGUUCGUGUUUGGUGUUUGAGGACAAAUUAGGCGAGACCCGGCGAGCGGUUGCGUCGUUGACGUUGGGCGCCGCCACCGCCGCACCGCUCCGAGCGCGAGCCGAAUGGAAUCUCCCGCUCGAUAAGGCCGGCGCGCGCGGCGGCGCUGCCGCUUCCGCUGCCCCCACCACCACUUCCCGGUUCCCGCGCGGCGCGGAUGCGCGGAACGUUACAGCCGGACCGACUCCCCUCAGACACAGCGACCGUGUGGCCUAAUGGAUAAGGCGUCGGACUUCGGAUCCGAAGAUUGCAGGUUCGAGUCCUGUCACGGUCGAUACCUCUGUUUUUGAGCCCGGUCAUAGUUUACGGAUGUGCUUGCUCUGAGCAAGUGCAUGUUGCUCCCAGUGAGGAACAGAGCGGGAAUGUCAGAAGUGAAUAUGGUUGUCAAAUGUGUUGUGAAAAAUGAAGAUGGACCUCAAAAAUUCAGAUAUUUGAAAGAAUAAUAAAGAGAAACCAAUUUACAUAAGCAAAUAUGAUGAUUAAAUGUUUUGUCAGUUGUCAGAGAAGCUAGACCUCAAAGCCCAGAUAUUAAAGAGGAAAAUAAAGAGAAACCUACAAUUCCACUUACAAAAGCAAAUAUAAAUGUGUUGUCAAAAAUGAAGCUAGACCUUAAAAUGUAGACAUUGGAGAGGAAAAUAAAGAGAGACCAACUUACAA